CGAAAGAUCAAUAACGGAUUGUUCAAAACCGAUUCUAAAUGAUGGCUAGCACUCCUGAAAAAUUUGCCAUCCAUGAAGCUGCUCGAGAUGGCAAGCUGGCCGUUGUGGAACAGCUCUUGGCUGCAAAUCCAAAGCUUGCGAACCUCCGAGAUGAAGAUGAGCGGCUUCCCAUUCACUGGGCUGUCUCAUAUAACCAUUUUCCAAUAGUGCAACUCCUCGUGCAAUCCAAGAGUUUCGAUCCAGAUGCUCAAGAUGGAAUGGGCUGGACGCCGUUGAUGAUGGCAGCAAGCGUAAAGGAUGGCGAGGCUCUUGUCGAUCUUUUGAUCUCAAAAGGGGCGGAUGUGAAUGUGUCAAAUAGCAACGGUCAGACGGCUCUUCAUUUUACAGCGUCGAAAAACAACCUAGAUGUUGCUCGUAAGCUCAUGGCGAGCAAAGCCACGACGCGGAAAAAGGAUAAGCGCCAACAGCUUCCACUGCAUCGUGCUGCGGCAGUUGGCUCUGUGCCCAUGAUCAAGCUCUUGCUAGAGAAUCAAAGCCCAAUCAAUGCAACUGACAUUGAUGGGAUGACUGCUUUGCAUCAUGCAAUAUCCGAAGGUCACGGCGAUGCCGCCGUGGCAUUACUCAAAGCAGGAGCAGACCCAAGUAAAGAAGAUCGAGAAGGACAUGUUGCGUUAUUACUCGCACCUGAUGCCAAGAUUCGAGAUUUUAUCAUCCAAAGCGCUGAACGAGAAGGCAUAGAUCUUAAAGCAAUGAAUCUGAAAUAAUCAAUUGGAGUUUGAACUGCAAAUGUUCAGUGUAUGCAUAUUCUUAUUUGUUGAUGACGCAAAUCUUUGGACAAACGAUAU